AUGAACGAAAAUUUACCAUCAGUAAAAAAUAAUAAGCGAAAACACAAUUCUCUUACACUUGCACAGAAAAUUGAACUCUGUCAAGCAAAAACUGCCAAUCCGAAUUUAAAAAAUGUUGAACUUGCUAAUCAAUUUAACAUUGGUGAAUCGACUGUAUAUGAUAUAUUAAAACGAAAAGAUAAAUUACUUAAUAAAAAUCCUAACUCCUAUAUUGCUAGUCUUAAAAGAGAACGAACACCAAAAUUUCCGCAAAUUGAACAAUCCUUAGCACUAUGGCUUGAUCAAGCAAAUGGUACAAAUUUAUCAAUAUCUGGUGAAAUUUUACUUCAUAAGGCAACAGACUUUGCUCGACUUAUGGAUAUUAAUAAUUUUACAGGAUCUCAAGGAUGGUUAUCUCAUUUUAAAAAGCGAUACAAUAUUCGGAGUAUUACAAAGCCUGGUGAAGCAAACAGUGCACCUUUAUAUGACUUGCCACAAUUUCGUAACGAUCUUCAAAAUCUUUUAAUGGAAUGGGAUCUAAACGAUGUAUACAAUUGUGACGAGACAGGCCUUUUUUGGAGGAUGGAGCCUUCUAAAACUCUUUCAAUACAUCCUCUUAAAGGUACAAAACAAACAAAAGAUAGGGUUAAUGCUUAUGAUGAAUCUGUUGCAAGUGGAAAACCCAUUACUCCUCUUACUAUUAUGGAUGCAAUUACCUUUACUGCACAAGCUUGGGAUUAUGUUAAAUCUAGUUCAAUUCGCUCAUCUUGGAUAAAGACUGGAAUUUUAACUCCUUCACCAUAUAAUAAUACUAUAAGUGACGAAUUUUUAGACUUGUCUGAAUCAAAUAAUGAAAAAGAGAUUCAACAUCUUAUCAAUCUGCUUCCAAUUAAUGAUCCUUUAUCUGUUAGUAAAUAUCUUAAUAUCGACUCUAAAUUAGCAAUUGAAGAUAUAAUGUGUGAUGAAGAUAUAGUUAAGAUUGUUACUGGUAUAGAAGAUCCUGAAGAAAUAAAAGAAGAAGUUAAUAAAAUAAAGGUAACAAAAAAUCAGGCAUUGGAAGGUUUAGAUAUUGUACUUAUGUUUAUCGAACAGGAUGAUAAUGAGUUAAUA